AGGCGCGGUUCCAAAUCAUCUGCGGAGGCCUUCAAGUUAGAAAGUGGUAGCCGCGGGCGUGGUGGCGCACGUCUGUAAUCCCAGCACUUGGGAGGCAGAGGCAGGCGGAUUUCUGAGUUCGAGGCCAGCCUGGUCUACAGACAGACACGUGGAAUCUAAAGACGAAUUUGUUAAAGUCAGAAAGAAGGACCUGGAGCGACUGACGACAGAAGUGAUGCAGCUACGAGACUUCUUACCCAGAAUACUAAAUGGGGACCUCCUGGAAGGUUUCCAGAAAUUAAAGACUGUAGAAAAAAACCUGGAAAGAAAAGAACAAGAAUUAGAACAGCUGAGACUGGACCGUGAACACUUCAAAGCCCGGCUAGAAACGGCCCAGGCAGACAGUGGGAGGGAGAAGAAGGAGAAGUUGGCUCUUCGACAGCAACUGAAUGAGGCAAAACAGCAGCUCCUCCAGCAGGCAGAGUACUGCACACAGAUGGGAGCUGUCACCUGCACCCUCCUCUGGGGGGUGUCCAGCAGCGAGGAGGUCGUCAGAGCCAUCCUCGGAGGAGACAAAGCAUUGAAGUUUUUCAACAUCACUGGCCAGACGAUGGAGAGUUUUGUGAAGUCAUUGGAUGGGGACGUCAAGGAAGUUGAUUCUGAUGAAAAUCAAUUUGUCUUUGCACUGGCUGGAAUUGUAACAAAUGUUGCUGCCAUUGCGUGUGGUCGAGAAUUCUUGGUGAACUCCAGCCGGGUGCUCUUGGACACCAUGUUGCAGCUGCUGGGGGACUUAAAGCCGGGCCAGUGCACCAAACUCAAAGUUCUAAUGCUGAUGUCCCUGUAUAAUGUGAGCAUCAAUUCAAAAGGCUUGAAAUACAUCAGCGAGAGUCCUGGAUUUAUCCCUUUGCUGUGGUGGCUUUUGAGUGAUCCAGAUGCAGAAGUGUGCCUUCAUGCCCUGCGGCUCAUCCAGUCUGUGGUUCUAGAACCAGACGUCUUCUCCAAGGUAGCCUCUGAGCUCCAGAGCUCCUUACCCCUGCAGCGCAUCCUGGCCAUGUCCAAGAGCCGCAACUCCCACCUGCAGUCUGCUGCCCUGGAGCUCCUGGAAGACCUCCGUGCCCUGGACUGUCGUGUUUAGAUAUGCUCUACCACCACCAGCCCGGUGAGAAUGACAGUGGCCUGUCUGCUCCUGGGCCUCUACUUUCAUGUUCAAAACUAGAUGUCACUGUAUGUCACAUGUUAGAGAUUGCAGGCCUUGAUGGACUAGAGAUGGGCAUGAUCGGUAAGCAUCCUGCGUCUCCCUCCUAGGAGUGCACUCUUGUUAGGCAGUUGGUUAAUCUUGCCAGAGCAGGGACCAAAAAAAGGUUGUAUCCUCCAGAAACGUCACCUGAACGUCUGGAGACGCUCACAGAGUUCUCUCCGAGUAGCUUCUUGCUGCCCUGGAGGCUGCCUACCCCGUGGGAGUUUAGAUCACAGUCUACCAUGUGGUCAGUGUUCCCAGGAGCAUUUCUGUGACCCCACCACUGCCACAGGGCUCACCUUCCUAACCUUUUGUAACCUGUUAUUUCACAUGUAUCAGAUAGUUGAUCUCUGUCUUGGUGCUUUUUUUACUUUUGAAUAAAGUUGAGUCAAUAUCACA